AUGUUAUUGGAGACUUCUCCUUUUUUAUGGUUUAUAAUUUUGUUUUGGCAGAGUCACAUGGGGCAAGGAUGUACCAAGAAUAAGAUAGUGGUUGGGGUUGGAACAGGAACUACUAUUGAAAGAUACAUAGGGGCACUGGAUAAAGACGUGGUAUAUGUUCCUUCAAGCAUUCAGACAGCGUUGAAACUUAGCGAAAAAGGUUUUAUGGUAUCAAAUCCUUUGGCUCAUGAAGCCCUAGAUCUAUACAUAGAUGGAGCAGAUUACUUUGACAAAAACGGCAAUAUGAUUAAAGGUGGAGGAGGUGCCUUGACUACAGAAAAGUUGCUUCAUUCCAUGGCUAAAGAGACCAUCAUAAUAGUUCAGAGCUGUAAAUAUAAAGAAAGAUUUGAUGGCUGUUUUGUUCCCAUUGAAAUUAUUCCCAUGUCUCUUAUGAAGUUCGUUUCAGUCCUCAAGGAGUAUGGAUUAAAUCAUUUAGUGAGAAAAGCUACUGGAAAGGUGGGUCCAUUGAUUACUGACUUAGGAAACUGCAUAGUUGAUGUUGAAUAUAAUGCAGGUUUUAUAUCUGAAUGUAAACACAUCUGUGGUGUUGUAGAACACGGACUGUUCAUGUCUAAUGGAAGGACCAUAAUUGUAGAAGAAGAUAGAGAAUAA